AUCCUAUCGAUUCCAUUCCACCAUGACCACAAUCGUGAACGAUAACAAGGCUUGCUGCUCCCUGCCGCCUGCUGAGGCUGAGUAUACUCCCAAGGGCGAAUACGUCGAUGUUGCUGGCUUCAAAUCCUACACUAUUGGCGAUAAGAACUCGAAGACCGUGAUCAUUUCGGUGAUGGAUGUAUUCGGUUUCUCCGCUCAGACAGUUCAGGCUGCCGAUAUUCUGUCCACAAGCGGUGCCUAUGUCAUUCUCCCUGAUGUAUUCGAAGGCAAACCCGCGGCUUCCGAUCUCUUCUCCCCUCCCCAAAGCCCAGAGAAGCAGCAGACAAUCCAGACAUUUUUCUCCACGGUCGGGUCUCCCCCUACUGCUCUGGAGAAGAUUAGCAAGAUCGUCGCUGAACUGAAGAGCAAGGGCAUCGAGAAGAUUUUCGAAAUCGGGUAUUGCUGGGGCGCAAAGGUGACAAUCCUGAGUGCUGCGAAGGAUCGUAUCAAUGGCAUUAUCAUGUGCCAUCCAUCUAUGCUGGCCGCAGAGGAUGCAGACAACUGCCUUGUUCCUGUCGCCAACUUCCCAUCCGGAGACGAGAAUGUCCAGCUGAUGGCUACGAUCAAUGAGAAGCUCAAGGCGAAACCUUUCGGCAAUAAUUGUAUCGAGAAGACUUAUGCCGACCAGAUCCACGGUUUUGCCGCGACACGCGCUGAUCUCAAAGCCGAAGGUCCUCUUGCUGCUUACAAGGAUGUCUACCAGAGGAGUGUUGACUGGGUUAAGUCGUUCUGACACCAACCCUGAUCUCUUCACUCCCUUGAGCGCUCGGACUUUGGGGUGUUAUGGCAUGAUUGAACCGUGUAUGAAUCCUGAGUAAAGAAGAUAAAUAACACGAAUUUUCG